AUGUGCAACCCAAAUGGAUCAUGCCGGGUCGGGUCAAGAUGUUGCAUUACUGUUGAGGGAUCUGCUUCUUUCCUUGAAGAUGCCAUUAUAACCCCUCCUGUUAAUGGAAUAAACGCCACAGUUGAUGAAGAUGAUGAGAAUGAUGUGGAUAUUUUCGGUGAGGAAACUAGAGAGGAAAAACAAUCUUCAAUUUUGAUGGAUGUAAAGCCAUGGGAUGAUGAACCUGACAUGAAGAAGCUAUGA